AUGACCGACGCACUGCUGCCCGCAGCUCCCCAGCCGCUGGAGAAGGAGACUGACGGCUACUUUCGGAAGGGUUGUAAUCCCCUUGCACAAACUGGCCGGAGCAAACUGCAGAAUCAGAGGGCUGCCUUGAACCAGCAGAUUCUGAAAGCUGUGCGGAUGAGAACUGGAGCCGAAAACCUUCUGAAAGCAGCCACGAACCACAAGGUGCGGGAGCAGGUACGCCUGGAGCUGAGCUUUGUGAACUCAGACCUGCAGGUGCUCAAGGAAGAAUUGGAGGGACUCAACAUCUCAGUGGGAGUCUACCAGAGCACAGAGGAGGCAUUUACGAUUCCCCUGAUUCCUCUUGGCUUGAAGGAAACCAAAGAUGUUGAUUUUUCAGUCAUUCUCAAGGAUUUUAUCCUGGAACAUUACAGUGAAGACAGCUAUUUAUAUGAAGAUGAAAUCGCUGAUCUUAUGGAUCUGAGACAAGCUUGUCGGACACCCAGCCGGGAUGAAGCUGGUGUGGAACUGCUCAUGAGUUACUUUAUCCAGCUGGGUUUUGUGGAGAGUAGAUUCUUCCCACCCACCAGACAGAUGGGGAUCAUGUUUACAUGGUACGACUCCCUCACUGGAGUUCCCGUCAGCCAACAGAACUUGUUACUGGAAAAGGCCAGCGUUCUCUUCAACAUCGGAGCCCUCUACACACAGAUUGGGACCCGGUGUAAUCGGCAGACACAAGCCGGCCUAGAGAGUGCCAUGGAGGCCCUACAACGAGCUGCAGGGGUUUUAAACUACCUUAAAGAGACUUUCACUCAUACUCCAAGUUACGACAUGAGCCCUGCCAUGCUCAGUGUGCUGGUGAAAAUGAUGCUCGCGCAAGCCCAAGAGAGUGUAUUUGAGAAAAUUAGCCUUCCUGGGAUCCAGAAUGAGUUCUUCAUGCUGGUGAAGGUGGCUCAGGAAGCUGCCAAGGUGGGGGAGGUCUACCAGCAGCUGCACGCAGCCAUGAGCCAGGCACCGGUGAAGCAGAACGUCCCCUACUCCUGGGCCCGGUUGGCCUGUGUGAAGGCUCACUACUAUGGGGCCCUGGCCCACUACUUUGUUGCUACCCUCCUCAUUGACCAUCAGUUGAAACCCGGUGCAGACGAGGACCACCAGGAGAAGUGCAUGUCCCAGCUCUACAACCGUAUGCCUGAGGGACUGACACCCUUGGCCACACUGAAAAAUGUACAUCAGCGCCGACUGUUGGGAAAGUCACAUCUGCUGAAAGCCAUUGUCCAUCAUGAGGAGUCCGUGAGGGAGGCCAGCCUGUGCACGAAACUCCGCAAUAUUGAGGUGCUCCAGAAAGUGCUCUCUGCGGCGCAACAGCGCUCUCGGCUCAAGCAGUCUCAGCACCAAGAGGAGGACGAUCUGCUGAACCUAAUCGAUGCUCCUGACAUUGUUUCGAAAACUGAGCAAGAAGUUGAAAUUCUACCCCCAGAGUUCUCCAAGGUGACCGUAACAGACUUCUUCCACAAGCUGGGCCCCUUAUCCGUGUUUUCGUCUAGCAAGAGGUGGACACCUCCCCGAAGCAUUCAUUUCACCACAGAAGAAGGGGACUUGGGUUUCACCUUGAGAGGAAACGCCCCAGUUCAAGUUCACUGCCUGGACCCUCACUGCUCUGCUGCACUGGCAGGAGCCAAGGAAGGAGAUUAUAUUGUUUCUGUUCAAGACACGGAUUGUAAGUGGCUGACAGUGAGCGAGGUUAUGAAACUGCUGAAGAGCUUUGACGAGAAUGGCAUUCAGAUGAAAGUUGUGAGCAUCUUGGACUCUUCAUCAUCCAUGCAUAGUAAGUGUGCUACAUACUCGGUGGGUAUGCAGAAGACUUACUCCAUGAUCUGCUUAGCCAUAGAGGACGAUGACAAAACUGAUAAAGCCAAGAAGAUCACGAAAAAGCUCUCCUUCUUGAGUUGGGGCACCAACAAGAACAGGCAGAAGUCUGCCAGCACCAUGUGUCUUCCGUCGGUGGGGGUCGGGAGGCCGAACCUCAAAAAGAAGCUCCCGUCUCCCUUCAGCCUUCUCAAUACAGACAGUUCUUUGUACUGA